AUGGGCGUCACGGACGUGGACGACAAGAUCAUUCAACGAGCUCGAGAGCAGCAGAUGAGCUUCCAGACACUUGCUCGAGAGCAGGAGCGUCAGUUCUUUCAAGACAUGACGAAGCUCUAUGUGAAGCCUCCGACAGUCAUUACAAGAGUCAGCGAGCAUUUGCCGGAAAUCAUCCAGUACAUACAAGAGAUUGAGCGGAAAGGGUUCGCGUACGAAGCUGCGGAUGGCUCGGGAGUGUACUUCAGCACGCAGAAACUGGGAACUAGCUACGGUAAAUUGGAUCCUGCACGACAGGCGCAACAGGGUGUUGAAACGGAGGCCCAAAUGGUAGCGGCAGCCAGUGUGGAGGACAGUCGAAAUGUGAACGAAGCAGAGCCGCAGAAGAAGGGCCCGAGAGAUUUCGCGCUGUGGAAAGCUGCAAAGGGCUCUGAUGAACCGGCAUGGUUUACGCCGUGGGGAAUGGGGAGACACGGGUGGCAUAUUAAAUGCUCGGCUAUGGGACUCAGCACGUGCUCGGUGAUAAGCUGGACGUGCACACUAGUGGAGUGGAUCUGCGAUAUCCACAUCACUAUGACGAAAUUGCACAGUGCGAGGCGCACAAUAAUACUUGUGGCCACGAAGAAGAGUGGUGCAAACACUUUGUGCACUUUGGACAAUAGUACAUUCGGGGAAAGGAAGAUGUUGAAGUCGCUGAGAACUUCAUCGGAGUGA